CAGCCAUUGAAGUUCACCGGUUUCCAUAGCAAUGCUUUUGUCUAACAAGUAAAACCUAGAUGGUACCAAAAUAAGGUCCCAGUGGAUAGUGUAAAAAAGUUGUCAGGUGCUAACCACAUUUGUCACUUGUGCUAGAAUGGAAAAGAAGAGAAAAUUGGAUACCUGCAAUGCAUUUCUGAAUGAUCCGGGGUCAAGUGAUCUCCUUUGGGAUGUUUUGCUCUGUGUUGUGAUGACAGAUCUGUCUGUCUUUUUGCCUCUCCAGAUUAUUUAACAUAUACAGCAUAUGUAUUAGCCGUGUCCUUGUAGUCGUAACACAAGUGAAAAUGACUGGAGGUUAUGAAGUGGAGCAGUUUGUGGAUACCCCAGAUGAUGAUCUGAUUUGUGUCAUCUGUAGAGCCGUUCUACGCUGCCCUGUACGACUCAAAUGCAACCAUGUCUUCUGCAAGGAAUGCAUUUUACAGUGGAUGAAAAGACAGGUGAAAUGCCCUUGCUGCAGGCAGCCUAUUGACCAGAACCAAAUGCUGGUUUUGUUUAAGCUGAGUAAAUCCAUUGGCCGUUUACCAAUCAAGUGUCGAAAUGCACAGCAGGGCUGCAGAACCACUUUCCCGCUCUCGAACGAGUACCUCCACAUCUCCAACUGUCCGUAUGAGUGGCAGCUCUGUCCUCAUGAAGGCUGUGGGCAGCAGGUGCUGAGGAAAGAUGCGCAGGCACAUGACCAGAGCUGUACCCACUGGCGACAGCUGUGUCCCAUGGGCUGCGGGACGCUUCUCGUCCGAGAGAACCAGGCCCGACAUAACUGCUACCGAGAGCUACAGCAGCGCUACGUAUCCGAGCGGAGGAAGCAGAGGGCCAUUGCUGCCAACCUACGCAGGAAGAUGCAGCGCAUGCAGAGCCGGAUGGCACAAAUAAGAAGGCAGAUCAAUCUGAUGUGUGAGAGCCUGGAGGUCGACGAUCUGGAAAUUGAAGCAGGGGAGGGAACCAGCACUUGGACAGACACUAGUGCCGCCAGUCCGAGCAGCACCAGCAGACGCCAUCACACUAACAGUUCAAGAGUCAGAUAGGCUAUACAUGACGGAAAUGUCCUUCAGGAUUCAAAGAAAGCAUUCGAGUUAGUUUUUUAUGUGCGAGUUUCAUUAAAUGUAUUUUUCCCUUUUUGUAAUCAUCUGGGAUAGUUCACCCAAAAAUGUUUACCCGCCUUCAUGUCAUUCCAAACUUGUAUGACUUUCUUUCUCCUGUGAAACAUAACAGAAGAUAUUUUGAAGAAUGU